AUGCCCCUUCCGCUCCAUCUUCGCCUAUUAGGGUGGAAUUGUGAUCUGAAUUGUGAUUAUCAAUGUCAAAGAAUCAUCACGGCGGAACGCAAAAGUCGAAAUGAAGAGAUUUAUCAAUUUCAUGGAAAAUGGCCAUUUUGGCGAGUAUUGGGCAUUCAAGAAUUCUUUAGCGUUUUAAUGUCAUUGGGAAAUCUAUCGGCGACAUAUCUUGGGUUUAAGAAAUUGGUGAGAAUAAUUAAACUGGAUAAUGUUCCCAGGGGAUUGAAAUAUCAAUACGUGAAUGUGAUGAUUUUGGCGGUGGUGACGAUGUUUGCCUGGUUGUUUUCAACAAUAUUUCAUAUUCGUGAUUAUCCAAUCACGGAACAUCUUGAUUAUUAUUUCGCGGGUUUAACUGUUCUUUCUGGAUUUCAUGCCUUGGGUGCCAGAUUGUUUAGAUUGUAUCGCCCAGAUCGGAAAUUUGCCAGGUGGGGGUUUAGUAUAUGUUGUAUCGGGAUGUAUGCAUAUCAUGUUAGGAGAUUAUAUACCGAUUGGUCAUACACGUAUAACAUGAGGGCUAAUAUUGUGGUUGGAAUUGCUCAGAAUGUAUUUUAUGGAUUAUUGUGUUAUGAUUUAUAUUCGAAAUAUUAUAAUCUUGAACAAGCUAACAAUCUGGUGAAUUUGAAUCAUUUGAAUUAUAUAAAUUUCAAAAGAUUAAUCUUACCUAGUUUUUAUUCCACAAGUGCUAAGCUUUAUUCAUUAUAUCCUUUGUUAUUAUGUAUGAUUGUUAUAUUAGGUAUGUCGUUUGAAGUGUUUGAUUUCCCACCGUUUUUCUUUGAUUUGAUAGAUGCUCAUAGUUUAUGGCAUUUGGUUACAAUAUUCCCGACAUAUAUGGGAUGGCAUGAUUGGAUGAUUUGGGAUAUUAAUGAGAAUGUAUGGAGUGAAAUUGUAGAAUUAGAAAAGAAGAAGAAGGAAUAG